UCCUCCCUGUUGCCGCUGCUAGCCUCCCAACCUGGCGCUCUGCCCUGGCUGAAAGUCGAGACGUGACAAACGCCCCCUCGUGAGUGAGGCUCAGCCAAUGAGAGGGCACGUUCUCUUUACGCCAUAGGUCAAGGGUUGCAGCGAUGGACGCGUCUCGAACGUAAACAGUCCUGUCUGUUUGGAGGGCAGCUGUGAGAUAUGAGGCUUUUAUCGAAGGCAGUGCAGUCUGUUGUGGGUCAGAGGGAGUGGAGCCGCAGACACUUCUGGGGCUGGCUCAAUGCAGUCUUUAACAAGGUGGACUACGAAAGGAUCAAAGCUGUUGGUCCAGACCGAGCUGCGGCAGAGUGGCUGCUGAGAUGCGGUGCCAAAGUGAGGUUUCAAGGUUUCGAUCGCUGGCAACACGACUACAAUGGACUGCCAACUGGGCCUCUGGGCAGAUACAAGAUCCAGGCGAUAGACGCUACCGAAUCCUGCAUCAUGUACAGAGGCUUUGACCACCUGGAUGGAUUGAAACAUGUGGAGGAAAUCAAGUUUAACAAGUGUAUGUACAUCGAGGACACUUGCCUGGAGAGGCUGAGCUCAGUAGAGAAUCUGCAGGAGAGUUUGAACACGGUGGAGGUGGUGUCGUGUGGGAAUGUAACCGACAAAGGCAUCAUCGCUCUGCACAGACUAAGGAAUAUGGAGAAUCUGUUUCUCAGUGAUCUUCCCGGAAUCAAAGACAAACAAACGACAGUUGACAGACUACAGACGGCACUCCCGCGUCUGGACAUUACGCUGGACCUGGACUGAUUGAGAAACAACUUCAUGUUAUAAAAUACAGAGGCCUUUUUCAAAAGGUUUUCAAAGUAAAAGACCCAAGGAUUAAUAGGUCUUCAGCUAAAACGUUGCAUUUCCAUGUGAAAUCAUUUAGUCAUGUGGAGAACAGCAGCAUGGGGAAAGGAUCAGGUUAAUGUGUCACCUUUCAGCUUGAAGUAUAAGAUUUAAAGAAAACAGUCCAGCAGAGAGAAAAGUUAAAGCACUUUAUAUCGUUGACACUUGAUAGAUUGAACUAUUCUGUAGUUUAUUAUAUUCUCAACAUUCAAGGUAAUAAAGGUUACUCCAUGUGGGUACAAAGAGAGAAACUAUUUGGGAGUUAUUCAAGAGUUUUAAAAUCAUUUCUCUUUAGAUUAAUUUGGCAUUUGUACAACAUCGGAGGAUAGCCAGAUUGCUGUGGACAUCCUUAGCACCAAAGUUCAACAGAUAAUGAGUACAAUGUGUGUAUUGUUACUGCUUUAUGCUAGUAAAUGUGCGGGUUAAAAGAAUAUUCACUCCUGACGUCAAUAAAUAGUUUCAGAAA